UUCAUUCGUUUCAAUCGUUUCAUUUCAUUCAUCGUGCGAAAUACAAGUCAAGGGAAGUUUUGUUUUGCGUUUUCACAUCAGAUUGACUAGUGGUUAGUUGCUUGGCGAACUCUAGUAGUACUUAAUUCUACUGCAACUGGAAGCCAUGGCUGACUCAAACAUAGAACCUCCUACAAACGAUGUAGAGAGUAACUAUUCAACUCCUGCAAAUGAUCCCAAAAACAUGCAGGAGGUAACACAGUAUGUAAGUAUUGUACAAUCGCUGCUCCAAAAUAUGCAAGAUAAAUUUCAAAGCAUGUCAGACCAAAUUAUAAACAGAAUAGACGAGAUGGGGACUCGAGUGGACGAGCUUGAGAAGAAUAUCACAGACCUCAUGACUCAAGCGGGUGUUGAAAAUGAAAAGUAGAGUCUCUCGCACCAUGCUAGGGUAUUAUAUUAAGGUACUUGCUAGUUAGUUUGCAAUAUGAUAUUUAGACUAAUUAAAAUGCAGUUCAAAUUAUUAUAAUAUAAAGAAAAUCUGUGAACAUAAUUAUCAUUGAUUGGAUGUUAUGAAAUUUGUGUCAUUUGAAGAUGUUUUGUGGUCCAUAAAUAUUCAUAAAUUCAUUAAAUUACUAUAGACUUGCCAAGUUUUAGUAUUUUACAACUUAUUAUAAAACUGCAUUAUCACUUAACCACAUCUUCAUAUUAGAUUGCACAAAAGAGUGUACUUGUUAGGCUAAGUAUUAAUUCUUAGGCAAUGCAAACACCAAUUGCUACUGAUAAUGUCACUAAAUAAUAAAAGCAAUGUACCUAUACCUUGUAAUAUUAAGACAUUUGAAUUUGUAAUAUAGGAAUUAGCAUUUAUAUCACAUAAUGUGCUAGUUUUGAUGUACCAUUUUGAAAAUAAGCACAUGUUUUUUGAUAUAAGUAAUUUCCAAAUUAUUUAAUUUGUAGCCCUAUUUUGUAAAUUACACUUACUCCAAAGUACA